AUUAAAAUGUCAUUCGGCGGUUGACGUGAUGAAAACAACAAAAAUUCAAUAAUAAUGCCACAAAUAGCAAAUAAACCAAAUGAAUCCACAAUAAAAGUGCCUUUCGAGACGCCGCGGCUCGCUGAAAUCGCCUACAAAGUGCUGAGUGUUGACCAGGAACCACGCCGGAAUUUUGUGAAAAAGACACUCAGCCUGGAUGGCGACGUCCUGGUGGUUACAUUCAAGGCCGACCAAGUGAAGAACCUGCGAACAGCGAUCACCUCCUUCUUCGAGUGCCUGCUCCUCUGCCAAGACACAAUCAAACAGUUCGACCAGUCUACAGUGAGCCGGGGAAACGACGACGAUAAUGCCGGAACACAGUCCGGCUCCGACUCCGCAUAGGGCGAUCUAC